AUGCCCCUCUUGUGCCCUUCUAUGCCUACUUCGCACGGUGUAUUUAACGGUAACGUCAAUCAAUUCGAUGGCCAUUGGAUUGUCGACGGCAACAGUGUCCAGCUCCGUGGUAAUUUCAGCCAAAGCGUUGGACAUUUCCAAUCGAGCAAUGCUACACUUGAAUACGACAGCACCGAAGACCUUGCUGGCCCCUACGUGAUUGACAACGCGCAAUCACCUUCACAUGUCGGCCACACUGAUGUGGCCCUCUCGUUGGUAAAUCAAGACGGCAGGAAAGUCAAGAUCACUGGUAGUCUCUCAUUUCCUAUUCCUGAGAGCUCUACCCUCUUCGGUCACGGAGCCUGGGUCAUAGCAGACUAA